CUGGGAGUAUAUAAACACAAAUUACAUUUGCAAACUAGAUCUGUUAAAGAGAAAUAUUACAAAUAAUCUUUCACUCUCUUGCUAACACUGUUAUGAUAUUUUUAUUUGCAAAGUGUUAUCAAAAGUUUUUCCAACUAUUUUUUUUUCAGAUGUUUUUAUCUGACGGGUAACAAUUUAUAAAGAGAAGUUUAAAUAUUUGUGCAUACUUGAGGAAGGAUGCAAACUUUGACAGUUUUACUAUUUAAUGUAUCAAAGUGAAAUUAACAUAUUAAUUUUAACGCAAUUUUGACCUUAAAGUAAACAGGAAAACGAGAAAGCAUGCAUAAAUAUUGCAUUUGAAAUACGAAAAAAAGGCAUUUAAGGAAAAUUAAGUAUAUAUACAUACAUUUUAGAAGAGACGGAAUAAAUUGAUAUAUUAUUGGAAAGUCGUGGACAUGAACUUUGUUAACAAACUUGUGUGACAAUUUUAAUAAGGCGUUAAUUUUGUAUUAUUGAAAAUUAGGCAGUUUGAAUGCUAUUGACAUCUUGCAGAUAUGUAGGAAAUAGAGAAUAUUAAGAGACUGUUGAUAGAAUCUUAAAUUAUUGAAGAUUAUUUUUAAACAUUUGAAAGUGAUUGAAUUCAAAUUACAUGAUGUGGGUUGGAGUGCAGUUAUUUGAGGAUGGUUUACAAGUGAACAAGCAGUUUCUAGUGACAGUUGUCAUUCUUACGGUUUUAUCUGUUUCUGGUAUAUCUGGACACAAUCAUCACAAUAGCAACCAUAACCAUAGCAACCAGGGUCAUCAUAAUAGAAACCAAAGCCAUAGCAACCAUAAACAUAGUCAUAGCAACCAUGAAAAAUCAACACAUUCGACAACAACUUCGGAAGAGUCGUAUACAAUCGUUUACCCACAAGUCAUUGAAAACAAAGCCGGUAUUAUUGUUAACGAUGUUAAAAGUUAUGUCCGAAGAAGAAAACGUACACUUGGCGGAGAAAACAAACCCCUUGAAAUCAGUAUCAGUGGCGGGAAGGAAAUGUUUGACUUGGAAUUGUGGGAAAACGAGAAACUUUUAGCUCCAGGAUUCAAGAUAUAUCGCCGACAGACCUUAAAACAAGUAAAAUCAGAGAAAGAAGUUCCACAGGAAGAUGUGUAUGGCUGUCACUUUACAGGACAUGUUAAAUCAAAGUCUAGCAAUCCAGCAUCUAUAUCUAUUUGUAACGGCUUGAAUGGGAUGAUACGUACUGAGAGAGAUGACUACUUGAUCGAGCCGGUCAAUCUGUCAGCAAUGCAUGGAGCGUCUGAUUUCAUCGGUCAGCCCCAUAAACUGUACAAGCGAUCGGUCCUUGAUUCCAAACAUCAGACUCUUUUUGAGGCUCAAAAGACAGCUCAGAAAGAUAUCAUUGUGGAAAGGGGAGAAGAUGAGUCAGAAGAAGUUGAAGUUGAGGAACAAAGUAAUGUACUCAUUGAGGAUGAAAAUUACAACUCACUGGAUAAAAGUUUUCACUCUGUUGAAAAGCGGGCAGCAUACAAAUAUAAGUUUUUACGAGAAAUGAACUCGCCAAAGACGGUUGAAAUGUUGGUAGUUGUGGACAAGAACAUGUACCAUAAACAUGGCGAUGCCAACAUCACAACUUACACACUAACAUUAUUCAAUAUGCUGUCCCAGUUAUUUAAGGAUGGUUCCCUAGGUAACAAGAUUGAUGUUGUCCUGGUUGGUCUCAUACUGCUGGAAGGAGAUGAGCGUGGGUUGACUAUUGACUACAAUGCAGACGACACUUUGAACAGCUUCUGUCAGUGGCAGUCGGUACUGGUCGGAGCAAACGGGCGUCAACACGAUCAUGCAAUAUUACUUACAGGACUUGAUUUAUGCUCAUAUAAGAAUUCUCCGUGUGACACGCUGGGAUUUGCACCUAUGGAAGGAAUGUGUAACAGAGUACGGAGUUGUACAGUUAAUGAAGACACCGGUCUGUCUACGGCCUUCACCAUAGCUCACGAAGUUGGUCACAAUUUUGGUAUGUUCCAUGAUGGGGAGGGCAACUAUUGUACUGAAUCAGCUGGAAAGAUCAUGUCACCCACCCUCAUGGGAAAAGAUGGACAGUUCCACUGGUCCGUCUGCAGUAAAGCUUACCUGAUGAGGUUCCUCAACACUCCACAAUCUGAUUGUCUUGAUGAUGAGCCAAAACAAGUGGCGGAACUGAAAUUCCCAAACAAGCUUCCAGGAGAGCUAUACAAUGCAGACAUUCAGUGUAAAUGGCAGUUUGGAAGUCGUGCUAGGCUCUGCACUUAUGACUUUGGAAAGGAUAUUUGCAAAGCAUUGUGGUGUUACCGUGGUAACAAGAGAUGUGAGACAAAGUUCUUACCAGCAGCAGAAGGUACUUCAUGUGGUACCGGAAAGUGGUGCAGGCAAGGGAAAUGUGUAGACUACGGCAAUGAAGGUCCCAAGCCGAUUGAUGGUGAAUGGUCAAGCUGGUCGGAAUGGUCCGAGUGUUCAAGGACCUGCGGGGGUGGCAUCAUUACACGAGACAGAGAAUGCUCUAGACCUCUACCUCAGUAUGGAGGAAAAGCCUGCUUGGGUGAGGAUAAAGUGUUCAAAAUGUGUAACGUGAUAGACUGCCCAGUUGAUGCAGACGACUUUCACACAGCACAGUGCGCCACCUAUAAUAAACAACCAUUCCAGGGCUGGUAUCUGCAGUGGAAGCCACAAAAACUGUAUAAUAAUGAGAAUGAGCCUUGCAAGCUUCACUGUAUUGCUGACACCCCGGAUUACGUGUUCACAAUUAAACAUACCGCAACAGAUGGAAUGGACUGUGGGAUAGAUGAAAAGAAAAUAUGUGUACAAGGCGAUUGUAGACCUGUAGGUUGUGACUGGGUUGUUGGCUCUACAUUACAUGAUGAUAUGUGUGGUGUGUGUGAUGGGGACAAUUCUACAUGUAGGCUGAUACAGGGAGAAUACCUGGAACAGCCCAAAUUGAACACAUAUUUCCCCGUUACAAUUCUGCCAAAGUCAGCGAGGUCCAUUCGUAUAAGAGAAAAGUCACUGUCUUCAAAUUACCUAGCAGUAAGGAAUAUAUUUGGUAAAUAUUUUCUGAAUGGACAUCAGAGAGUUGCCUGGCCAGGAACUUACACCCUUGCUGGUGCUAAAUUCAAGUAUAAUCGAUCGUACAACGUGCCAGAAACACUGGAAGCUGAGGGGCCACUUGAGCAGGAACUGGUCUUAGAGAUUUUGGUUCAAGAUCACAACCCAGGUAUAGAGUACGAGUACACGUUACCAAAGCUUGCUAGUGAAGUUAUAUCUACCCCACCCCCAGAUAAUUACACAUGGAGCUUGUCAGUACAGUCAUGCUCAGAACCCUGUGCCGGAGGAAUGAAAUCUGUGACGGCCAUAUGUCACCGUAACUUUGAUGAAGAGGUGGAGUCUAGCUUCUGUGAAGACCUUGAAAAACCAAAAACAGGCGUGUUUCCUUGUAACCAGCAGCCAUGUGAACCUAGAUGGGUAGCGGAGGAUUGGAGGCCUUGUACAAAGAUGUGUGGAGGUGGAAAACAAAAGCGCCGUGUUCGCUGUCGACAGAAGCUGUCACGAACCAAAGAUAAAAAAUUAAAACGUAAAAUGUGCAAGCAUCUACAAAAACCAGUUACAAGGCAAAGGUGCAAUGAGCAGGAGUGUCCACCUGACUGGCAUGCGGCUGAUUGGUCAAAGUGUUCAGUGUCUUGUGGAAUGGGCACACAGGUUCGGAAAGUGACAUGUCGCAGUGCAAAAGGACGCAAGAUAUUACCAGAGAGCAUGUGUCACACAAGUUCACCAGUCACGACACAGGUGUGUGAGUUACGAGCUUGUAAUGGCCUUGAGAAGAGUGCCCGUCAGUUGGACCCACCUUGUAUUGGAGAGGAAUGUGCCACCAGAUGGGUGGUCAGUGACUGGAGUGUGUGUUCACGAGACUGUGCUGGAGGUAUCCAGAAACGUCGGGUAUGGUGUGAAAACAUAGACAAUGUUCAGGUCAAAAAUAAAAUGUGUAAGCAUUUGAAGAAACCAGAACGUAGACAAGCCUGCAAUGAACAAGAUUGUCCACCUGCAUGGCAUUCUGGGAAAUGGGCAGAGUGUUCAACUUCUUGCGGCAGUGGAGUUCAGCAAAGAAGAAUCACAUGCCGUACCAAGGACACAAAUGGUCACAGAGUUCUCCAAGAUGACCAGUGUCUCACAAACAAACCCGACCAAUCACGUUCUUGCUACCUCGGACCAUGUGACCCAAUGUUGGAGGAAUUUGAUUGGCUGUUGUCACCAUGGGGACCAUGUUCUCAAACAUGCGGCAAGGGUCACAGCUCAAGGUUCCUGCGAUGUUCUCAACUUGAUGACCAGCAGCGACCAAACAUCGUUGACGACAACUACUGUCGAAACAUUCCAAAACCAAACGUUCCAAUGACUGAGCCAUGCAGCAUUAUGCCAUGUAUAAGAAUCUCUCAGGAAGUAACUGUGUCACGAUGGGAUAUAACGGGCUGGUCUCAGUGUUCCAAAAGCUGUGGUGUUGGUAUUCAGUCUCGAAUAGUGUCAUGUGUGAACAAUCGCGGACAGCCAUCAACGUUCUGCAGUGAAUCAACAAAACCAUCAUCCACCCAGGCAUGCAACUAUGGAGAGUGCUUACCCACUCCACAGGGUCGCAAAUGGUGUAAAGACGAAUAUUCUUGGUGUCACUUAGUGCCUUAUCAUAAGGUGUGCAAUAACCCAUCAUACAAAGAAAAAUGUUGUAAAUCGUGUACCAGACGGGGAUGAGGUACCAGACGGGGAUGAGGAAAAGAAACAAUUCUUUGACAUUCAAAUUUUGUAUUGCAAACAUCAGUAGCUGUUGUUCAGUGAAAAUAUCUCUGUAACUAAAAAGGAAACAACAUUUGUUGUUGCAAACACAUCAGUUGCUGAUGGUAAACAUCUGUACAAAAUUCAAAUUUUGUUAUUGCAAACAGUUGCAAUUGGUUGCUAAAAAAGGGAAACCUCUCAUGUGGUGAGGGCAGCUUAAAAGUAGUUGUGACUUUGAUGUGUGUUUAUUGAAGUCUUCAUAUGGGGUAUUUAGUGCAAAAUGACACUUCAGAUCAUAUAAACAGGUAUUUUUGUUACCUCCUCAAAAUGGAGAGCGCAUCAAAGUGGUGUGUAAGACGGCAGACGACAAAAUUUUGUGAUAACCUUUUGUGAUUGUCAAGUCCUGCUGGAUAGGACAGUGCUGCCCAAUGUGGUUGUGACCAAAGAAUUCUGAGAAUUCAAACUUUACAAAAAUACAUGGCUUUGCUGUGUAAGGAUUGUGUAAUAUGUUAAGAUGCUGUGUAAAUUUGUUGAAGAAUGAAAUAUGUAAAGUUGUUGUGUAAAGGGUUGACAUGCAGAUUAAAGAUGUUGGGGAGAGAAAACGAAAUUUUAAUAUGUGUAAUAUCAACAAAGUGAUAAACUUCUGUUCAUCUUGGAAUGAAAACUUCUAUGAUUCAGAGUUACGAUAAAAAGUUGAAAAGAGUGAAGAGAGAAUUUGAUGAAUAUGGAAGAAAGACAUCACAUGUCUUUUACAAAAGGACCAAUACAUGUAUGUCUCAAUAACACAUCUUCAUAAAAGCCAUUUGCUGUGUUUUGACCUCAUUUUGUUAUGUUUUGUGCAUAUUUUUUUUCAUGUUUUGUGCAUUUUACUGUGUAGAUCAUAAAUAUUUGUUAUAUGUAACAUUUUCAGAAACUGAUAAAGUUGUCUUUACGGUUGUUAAUUAUGUUUUGACUACGAUUUAUAUUGAAAUUGUGCGUGUAGUUUAUAUGCGAUUUAUUCAUACCACACACAAUACUAAAUGAAGUAAUUGUGUACAGCAAUACGGUUACAUUUGCGCAAUAUUUGCCUAUCACUGAUUGUUAUUAAAAGUACUCAUCUCUAAAUUUGUGUCAAUUUUUUUUUGAACUUGGGAUUUUUUUUUUUUAUCUCUACCGAGAUGAUUUCAACAAGGUCAGGUAUAUCUGGCAGAUUUAACAAAAAGCAUAUACCAAGUCUACCCCCUCUGGGUCUGAUUAUGUUGUGAAAUUGUUUUUUUCUAUUAAUCAAGGAAUAAAAAGGUAGGGAGCUGUUUUUUUGGCUAUAAAAGUUGUUUUUUUUUUCUUUUUCUAAAGGUAUACUUCCUAAACUUAGUUUAAUCACCAUCUUUUUUAACCUAUGUACAGGAUCUUCUAAACAAAAGUACUUUGGUUAAUUAAAAAAAAUACACGUAUCUAGAGACUAGGACCUUUAAUAGAAUACUUCAUUUUGAAUAAUGUGGGAGGCAGAAUAUAAUGCAUGUAAAUUAAAGUUAUAUAGGUCAAAAAACUGUCUCAAACAUUAUCUGAUUUAUUAUCAUCCAUUUCAUUUCAAUCUUAUUUACUGUAAUUGUGCAUUUACCAUUGCUAUUUAUACUUUCUCAUGUUUUUGGCAUGUACAUCAUAUAAAGUUUGAUCAAGAUAAAUUUUAUUCUGUUGCGUACCUGCAUACUAAAAUACAAGCAUUUAAUUGUGCCCUCCCCCCCCAUGAGUGGUGGGGGCAUAUAGAUUUGGUCUUGUCCGUACGUCCGUCCGUCCGUCCGAAGUUCGUGAUGCGCCUAGCUGGAAAAGUAUUUUAUAUAAAUUGAUGAAACCUUGCAUGAGUCUUUAUCAUGAUAUGAACUUGCGCACCUCCUAUUUUUCGUCUGGCUCCGCCCCCUAUUUUCAGAGUUAUGGCCCCUGAAAUAGUCAAAAAUGCACAUUUUUACCUUGUGACACGCCUAGCUCAAAAAGUAUUUGAUAUAGAUUCAUGAAACCUUGCAGGAGUCUUAAUCAUGAUAUGAACUUGCGCACCUCCUAUUUUUCAUUUGGCUUCGCCCCCUAUUUUCAGAGUUAUGGCCCCUGAAAUAGUCAAAAAUGCACAUUUUUACCUUGUGACACGCCUAGCUCAAAAAGUAUUUGAUAUAGAUUCAUGAAACCUUGCAUGAGUCUUAAUCAUGAUAUGAAAAUGUGCACCUCCUAUUUUUCAUCUGGCUCCGCCCCCUAUUUUCAGAGUUAUGGCCCCUGAAAUAGUCAAAAAUGCACAUUUUCACCUUGUGACAUGCCUAGCUCAAAAAGUAUUUGAUAUAGAUUCAUGAAAUCUUGCAUGAGUCUUAAUCAUGAUAUGAACUUGGGCACCUCCUAUUUUUCGUCUGGCUCCGCCCCCUAUUUUCAGAGUUAUGGCCCCUGAAAUAGUCAAAAAUGCACAUUUUCACCUUGUGACGCACCUAGCUCAAAAAGUAUUUGAUAUAAAUUCAUGAAACCUUGCAUGAGUCUUAAUCAUGAUAUGAAUUUGUGCACCUCCUAUUUUUCAUUUGGGUCCGCCCCCUAUUUUUAGAGUUAUUGCCCCUGAAAUAGUCAAAAAUGUACAUUUUCACUUUGUGAAGCACCUAGCUCAAAAAAUAUUUAAUAUAAAUGGUUGAAAACUUGCAUAAGUCUGAAUCAUGAUAUAAACUUGCACACCUCUAAUUUUUUGGCUGGCUCCACCCCCUAUUUUUAAAGUUAUGGCCCCUGAAAUAGCAAAAAAAUGCACUUUUUCACCUAAUUAUGUGCCUAGCUCAAAAAGUAUUUGAUGUAAAUUCAGAAAACCUUGCUGGAGUCUUUAUCAUAAUGUGACCUUGCACACUUGGCAUUCUUCUUAAGAAUCUUAGCUCUUAUUACAGAGUUAUGGCCCUUGAAAUAGCCAAAAUAGUGGAUUCUUUGUUUGUGAUGCACAUAGCUCAAAAAGUAUAUGGCCUAGAAUAAUGAAUCCUUUUCAUAAAAUGUUUGUUGAGGCUAUACCCUCAAACUGAGACUACAAACAUUUGAAUUAUUGCCCCUUAUUUGUGACAAAUGUACCAGUGGGGGGCACACCCUGUGUCCUACAGACACAUUCUAGUUUUAGCUUAUUUGGCUUUAAAAUCACAGUACUUAUUGAAUUUGAUGUUUAGAUAUUCAAAAUGUGUUACUGCAGUUGACUGUUACCACAAUUGACUGUAUUUAGCCAAAGAUAUAUGAUAUAAAACAGGUCUGAGACUUCCAUAACAUAGAGCAAAAUCUCGCUAAAUCUUGUGUUAAUCAAAUGAGAUCUUGUUCAUAGAUGAAGGCACUUUCUUAAGCAUUUAUAUAGCCGAGACUGCAUAUUAGAUUUGUUUGUUACUGGUUAAAUGUAAGUGUUGCAUUUUUGUUUUCAACAUUUUUUCUUUUGCAAGAAUAAACAGUUGUGUGAUGCCAUUUUUGGCUAUUUGUUUAGUUUGUUGUUGUUGUUGUUGUUGUUACAGUUAUUCUACAAAGAAAUUGUUGUUGUUAAACACAGGUCUGUCAUAUGUGGAAUAUUCACUGUGGGUAUUUGGUGUGAUAUUGCUGUUCUUUAUAUAUUUUGAAGGUCAGUUUAAAUACAAAGGAAUUAUUACAGUUUAUGAGCUGUCAAUUUAAAGAUCAAUUACCUGGAUAAAACAUAAAAAGGGGAAAAAAAUCUACACAACGUUAAAGCACAUUUUAAGUGCGAGAAACUCAUUUUUGCAAGCAUUUAUUAGUUUCUUUCAUCAAGUUUAUUAAGUUUAAAAUAAGGCGUUUAAUAUGGUGCCUAUUUUACUGUUUUGACAAAGCAAAACAUAUGUACAUUUUUGUAAAUUGUGCAUUUUCUUUUACUUUAAGUAUUCUUGAAAAUAUGAAUUAGUGUUUCAUUUAUUAAAAUUUUUUUUUAUGCAUUUAUGGAAGUGUUCAGAGACGGAAAGAAUUUUAUUUUGAAGUACGCGGGACUUUCAGGUGAUUUUACCUCAAGUCCUUAACUGAGAAAUCUACAAAUAUAUGUAAAUAUAUGGAGGUAUUUUGUUUAGUGUGUAUUUUAUAUUUGUUUAUUUUGUUGAACGAAGAUUUGAAUUCCAGAGGGAGAAGGGAAUAAUAACAAUAAUUUCAAAGUUAAAUAACUCUGUACAAUAUUUUCACAUGUCUGACGAAAAUUAUUUACAACCACUUCAGACUUUUAUGUACAAAGUGUAUCUUUAAGGACUUAGACAUGUACAUAAUGCAUGUUUAUUGAUUUAACAAGCUAAUAAAGGUGUAUAGUAUAUUACAAGAAACAAAAACUUUAUCAUGUUUGUGUAAUACAUCUGUGCAAAUAACACAUUUUCUCUGAAAAUGAUACAUCACUGUUUGCAAUAACACACUGUAUCUCUAACACACUACCACAUAUGCUGAAAAAAUCAAUAUAAAUAUGUACCUUCUAUAUAGGGAUAACACAAUCAUGUUUCUUUUUGAUGGAUAUACCUCGUUUUUCAUUUCUGUUCAAGAGUUGAGAUACUGAAAUGGAUCUUGGUUAUAAGUAGCUUGGAGCAAAUCCAAGGUUAGGAUUGCAUUAGAGCCUAUGGGGUUAGAGUCACUAUUACUAAAAAUAGGAAAGUUUCCACUUGAUGACUUGUUUCAACAGCAGGUGAUGUUUACUUUCUUGCUCACCUUGAAAAAACCAACAGCAGUUUCAUGGCGUUUUUAUUGGAGAAUGUUAAGGUUAGAAAAAAUGUAAUAUUGAUGUGUAUGCAGGCAAAACAAAUGUUUCACUAACCACCUAAUUGUUCAAUAAACCGUUAUCAAACUAACUGUAUAUUUACAUUAUUAAAGAUUUGUUGAAGAUUUUCCAGUAUGUGGUAGUGAAUAAAUUUUGACAAGUAUGAAGAGUUUUCAUACUUAGAAACUCACAAUCAAAACACAACAUGUAAAUAAGGUUUGUUAAACACUAAUUGUUCUCACAAUUAACACUUUCUAGACAAAGGCAGACUGCUGUUACACUGAUACACCUGCUUUAAUUUUUACCCUGUUAUAUUUUUAUAAUGGACUGGUCCAUCAUUCAGUUUAGUCAGUACCACUUAUUAUUCAAAGGGGUGUUCACUGAAAAUAUACUGACUGAAUAGCGAACAGUGCAGACCAUGAUCAGCAAAGGCAAAAUCACUUGCUGCCAGCAGACUAAAGGUUAAAACUCUUAUUUGUACACAUGCAUAACUAAAAUGGAAGUGUCACAAAUCAUACUUACUUACCAAAAAAUUCAGUGAUGGAAUCUUUUAAAACAUGUUGUUUUUUUUUUAAAUAUAUUCAGGAACUUUGAUUGAAAUUUUAAAAUAUCAAUAUCUGAAAACCAAAUGUUUUACAUUUAAGAUUUUGAAAUUCUGUCAGGGAGAAAGUAUGUUUAAGCAAAUCUUUGUAAUGAAGAUAGAGGCCAAGAUGGGCAUAUACUUUAACCAGCUUAUUACGGGCAAGAAAGAUGUAGUUAUAAGGUGACCUUUAUUAACAGGUUUGUCAAUUUUUAAACUGAAAAUGUGGUCUUUAGAAACUGGUAAUCUCUGUAGACAGGUGGUCUUACCACAGGUUUUGCUGUAUAACAAAUAAAGCGCAUAAUCAAGUGGCUGGUGGAGUUUUGGGAGAAAAAUGUCAUACAAUAUUUACUAGCCAAAAAAAUCUUUAAUAUUUCCUGGAUCAAUGACAAACCGUUAAAUAAUAUGGAAAAAGUAUAUAAAUUUAAUGACAAUUUUAAUUGUAGUUGAUUUAUCAUUUUGUGUUCCUGUAGCAUUGUGUGCCUCAUUGUUCCAUGUUUUAACAUUCAGAUUUUACAUUGUUCAUGAAUCAUUUAGUAUGUAUAAAUUGUGAAUAUCAUUGUUAUUUAUAGUAUUUUCUUGAAAAUUAUCAAGUUUAUUUUUGAUGUCAUUAAAAAUGAAUCCUGCCAA